AUGGCCCACGAACUAGCAUUUCCAACCAUCUUCCUGCUGCCAACCCACCUCAGCAGCGACGAGCUCAAGCACCUUCACAACAGCAUCGCAACAUUAACUAGUAACAUUUCCGACGCGUCUGUCAUCGUAGGGAAAUUGUUUCGAAGAGAGCGCGUCUUGUUUGAGCUUAGACGCCUAGGGUUAGACACCGGAAAUGUCACCCAACAGCCUGCUGCAAAAGAGGCGUCCACAUCCACGGGAGGUGACGACCCAGACGCAAAACGACAGAAGAGGACGCACCUAGUAUCCCAAGAAGGGGAAUCGGACGAUGCAUUUGAUAUGGUGUCCGUCGUCCGCCUCGGAUGGCUCACAGAGUCCCUGGCCAAAAAUACAGUUCUUCCAUUAGACCGAUUCUUGCUGUGCACUGCCCGUCGACCCCUCUCGGACAAAACAUCAGGUGAUAAAGGUCCCCAGGCAACACAGACGCACUCUUCACCUAUCCAUAUGAAUAAAUCAGGAUCUCCUGGUACACUGAAACCAACCACGUUACAUACAAGUAGGAGUUCAACGCCUGGUUCGACGACAGAAACCGAUCUCCCUCUUGUACCAGAAUCGCUGGUAACCAGAUACUCCUGUCAGCGCUCUACUCCAGCAAAUACGCCCAAUGCCGACUUCAUCAAGAUAAUGAAGGACAUUCGAACAUUGAGGCUUCUUGGUGGCGACAAGGUAGGCACGAGAGCCUACUCAACAUCCAUUGCGUCCGUUGCAGCAUACCCCUACUUGAUUACAACCCGCCAUGAGAUUGAGCGUCUGCCGGGAUGCGGCGUUAAGAUCGCCGAGCUUUUCCAUGAAUGGCAGCAAUCUGGAACAUGCAGGGAGUUGUCAAACGCGGAGCACGACUCGCAAGUGACAUGCUUAAAGAUAUUCUACAAUAUCUGGGGUGUUGGGGAUUCAACGGCACGGGAGUUUUACAAAAAAGGCUGGCGAGAUCUGGAUGAUAUUAUCGAAUACGGCUGGAACUCUCUUAGUAGAGUCCAGCAGAUAGGCACCAAGUAUUAUUCAGAAUUUGCGCAACGUAUUCCGAGGGCAGAAGUUGAAAAGAUUGGACAUGAGAUUCUGCGGCAUGCUCGCACGCUAGAUGCUGGUUUCCAAAUGACUAUUGUCGGCAGUUAUCGACGCGGCCGGGAUGACAGCAACGACGUCGACGUCAUUUUAAGCCACAAAGAUGAAUCAAAAACGACUGACGCCAUUGAUAAAGUUGUCAUUGCGCUCGAGCGGUCUAAUUUUAUCACGCAUACCCUUAGCCUUUGGCACACAAACAGUGAGCGAGGGCAGGCGCCGCUUCCUUGGAAGCAGAAUGGUGCCGAAUGGGGGAGCGGUUUUGACACCCUUGACAAAGCAUUGGUCGUAUGGAAGGAUCCAGGUGAUGAUGAUUCAUUGCACCGGCGUGUGGACAUCAUCAUUAGUCCCUGGAAGACAGUGGGAUGUGCAGUCCUGGGUUGGAGCGGAGAGACCACGUUUCAGCGCGAUUUGCGCCGAUACUGUAAGGAAGAAAAAGGCUAUAAGUUUGACAGCAGUGGCAUCCGUUCCAGAUCUACGGGUAUGUGGAUAGAUGUAGAGUCAAGCGAUAUGGGCAGUGCAACAACGGAGCUGGAGGCUGAACGGCGAGUCUUUGAUGGCCUCGGGCUAGUCUGGCGGCAUCCGUCAGAAAGAUGCACUGGGUAG